AUGGGUUCUUCUCAAGUUUCUGCAGAGGCUACGGGCCCUGCUGAUGGCCUCCAGCCUUCUCACACCUAUGUGCCAAACCAAGGAUACCUGCAACCCGAGGGCGCAGAUUCAGCCGUGGCGGGGCAGGAACCCACCGAUCUGGAGGAGGGCGAAGAGGAGGACGAGGAGUACUAUGACGAUAUCUUCGAGGAAGAACAAUUGGACCAAGAGGACUUCCAGUCCUCCGAUCCUGCCGAUCUCACAAAGGCCUACAACCGCCAGCGAAAGUUGAACGAUCUCGCCGCCGACCCUAACGUACCGAGAUGGACCUAUCCCAAGAUGAAUACUCAGAAGCCCACAGUCAACACAUACGCCUCCGUCGACGACCAAGUCAAGUCUCUUACUCGACACGCUGCCAAGAUCAAGCUCGACGAUCAACAGUCCGGUCUCUCCGGCGGUGGUGGACGUGGUGGAGAUCGUGCGGACCGCGCUACAUCGGAACAGGUGCUGGACCCUCGUACACGAAUGAUUCUGUUGCAAAUGAUCAAUCGCGGGCUGGUGUCAGAGAUCCACGGGUGUUUGUCGACUGGUAAAGAGGCAAAUGUAUACCACGCCAUGUCGUUCCCCGACGAAGACCCAGAGGCUGCCCCGCAGCACCGUGCGAUCAAGGUCUACAAGACCAGCAUUUUGGUCUUCAAGGAUCGCGACAAGUACGUGACUGGUGAAUUCCGUUUCCGUCAAGGGUAUAACAAGAGCAACAACCGUGCAAUGGUCAAGUUGUGGGCUGAGAAGGAAAUGCGCAACCUGCGGAGAAUCUACGCCGCUGGCAUUCCUUGCCCCGAGCCCAUCUACCUCCGUCUACACGUUCUUGCCAUGGGUUUCCUCGGUAGUUCGAAGGGUCUCCCCGCUCCUCGUCUCAAGGAUGUUGAGUUUGAUAUUACCGAGCCCGAGAAUCGGUGGCGCUCUCUGUACAUGGAGUUGCUGGGUUGCAUGCGCGUUAUGUACCAGAUCUGUCGUCUGGUCCACGCUGAUCUGAGCGAGUACAACAUUCUUUACCACAAGAAACGCCUGUACAUCAUUGAUGUCAGUCAAAGUGUUGAACAUGAUCACCCUCGCAGUUUUGAGUUCCUUCGCAUGGAUAUCAAGAACGUGAGCGAUUUCUUCCGUCGCAAGGGUGUUGACACCUUGCCUGAACGGACAAUCUUCCAAUUCAUUCUUUCACCUGAAGGCCCUACGGACAUCACUCAGGGCAAUGAGGAGAUGUUUGAAGCGAUUGAGAAACUCUUCGCCGCUCGUGCAGAGGGUGGUGACCAGGAAGCUGAGGAGCUCGAUACGGCUGUGUUCCGACAGCAGUACAUCCCCCAGACCCUCGAGCAGGUGUACGAUGUGGAGCGUGAUGCCGAGAAGAUUCGGGAUGGUUCAGGUGCCGACCUGAUCUACGGAGAUCUGCUGGCAACCGGCAAGGCCAAGCCUGCUGAACCCGAGGUCGAUGAAGAAUCCGACGCUAGUGGUGGAGUUUCCGUCUCAGGCUCCGACUCCGAGAGUGAGGAAGAGGGCGCAGAGCGCGAUCCGUUCGCGAAGAAGCCUCCUCGUGGCAAGCGUUUCGAGGACAAAGAUUCAAAGCGCGAGCACAAGGCCAAGGUGAAGGAAGAGAAGCGUGAGCAGCGUGCCAACAAGAUGCCGAAACACCUCAAGAAACGCCUGGUCUCCACUUCCUCCAAGAAGAAGAACUAG